CAGGAAACAUUAGAGUCUCCUUCAUGCGGCCAGCCCAUCUAGAGCCACGACAAGGCCGACGAGAUGUCAACGAUCCAAUGGCUCCUCAGACUGCCUCCUGGAUUGAGAUGGCGCAUCCUCUCCCCAAACCCGAAUAAAACAUCACGCCUCCAAUCCCUCACUUGCAGACCAUUCAGCCAGACAACAUGCGCGCACGCAAAACCAACCAAACCCCCCAAACCCAAAGUCAUCCGACCACUCCCCAAACAAUCACGAGCACAACCACCCGCCCCACCACCUCCAACUCCAUCAUUCACCACCCCUCCCCCAUCAACCAAUCUCUCCAACACCCGCCCAAGCAACUCCCGUCUCGACCCAUCCCUCACCCAGCUCCUCGACACCACAGGCCAGGUACUUCUCUACCACGCCCCAAGCCACACGAGCUUCUACUUCUUCUCCUACCUCUUCGGCACAGCCGUGCUCGCUGGUUCUCUCCUGCAAGCAAGCAACAUCAACGUCCCCACCGCCGCCGAAGCGCAAGCAGAAGGCAAGCAAAUGCCAUGGUACCUGCGCACCGCCUCGUCUGGAGUAGCCAUCUUCACCGCCGCGAUAGGCACGGCACUAAUCCUCGCACCCGCGAAAUUAAUCCGUAGCGUAUCGCUCGUUGCCUCGUCUAUGCCUGGGAAUUUGACACGGGGAACGCCCUUCUUACGGCUCGAGACCAAACCCGCCAUCCCACUAUUCGGCCGCAAAGGCAGAGUAAUCGACGCCCCAAUGCACCAAGUCUUCAUCGACAGACAAGUAGUAGGCAUGGGCGCCAUCUCAUACUACCACAUCCCACGCGAGGAAGCGCAGAAAUUCACGCAGCUCGGCCUCCCCGCCUCCGAGGGGGGCAGCGAAGCAGUGAAACCCACUAUAAUACAACGCUUGCAAGCCUUCAACACCUCCCUGCUCAACAUCUGGCCGAAUUUGAAACAAGAUACGCGCCGCAUGCUGCUGCGCGACGGGAUUGCGUACGUGCGGAUUGAAGGGGAAGGCGGGCAUUGGAAGCUGGAUGUGAAUGGGGCGCAGAUGCUGGAGCAUGGGAAGCCGUUGGCGGCAGCGCUGAGUCCGGGCGAGUUUGAUCGGUCGUGGCUUUCGAAGGCGAGGAAGGUGAUUGGGAUUUGAUUGAGGACUCAAUCGGGGCGGGGAGGAUUGUAUCAUACUGUACUGCUACAUAUA